GAGAAGGAACGCAGAACUCAGAAGCGAAGAGAACCGAUCGAUCUUCGUUCCAUUGAAGGCGAAAAGCUCAGAGCGAGCGAGAGAGAGAGAGAGAGAGAGAGAAUGGCGUGGAGGUCGCAGCUGUCGAAGAACAUCAGGGAGCUCCGGCUCCUCUUCUGCCAGUCCUCGCCCGCCAGCUCCUCCGCCAGGUCGUUCGUGGAGAAGAAUUACAAGGAUCUGAAGACGCUCAACCCGAAGCUGCCCAUAUUGAUCCGGGAAUGCCGUGGAGUUGAGCCUCAGUUGUGGGUCAGAUACGAUUAUGGUGUAGAGAAAGGCAUUCGUUUGGACGGUUUGAGUGAGGAGCAAAUCCUCAAGUCACUGAAAGAAUUUGCAAAAGUGUAGCACUCCUCAAAUUUCUUACUGUCUUAUCGGGACACGCUGAAAGAAAUAAACCUAGUUCUGGGUGAGAAAACCAUGUGGAGACAAUUUGGUCUUGUUUGGCAAUUGUUUGUCAAAUCCUUUGUAAGACGAAUGCAUCAAUACUGCAGAUUUAUCUUGCUAUGAACAUCGGAUUUUCUGGACACUUGGUUGUUCAUAUCAUUUCAUCUUUUAGAUCUCAAAAAUAGCAAAAUCCCAAUCUUUGUUUUUGAGUUUGAAACCUUGAAGACCUCUUUUGACCGUAACCUAGGAUAAUGUAACAUCUCUUUUUGCUGAA